CCCCCACCCUGAACCGAGGGACCAUGGGGAACCACCUGCUGACCAACCCGGUGCUGCAGACCCGGGGCGGCACCAGCCCCUACAACACCCUCAUCGCUGAGUCCGUGGGCUUCAACCCCUCCUCGCCCCCCGUCUUCAACUCCCCAGGGAGCUUCCGAGAGUCCAAGCACCCCCUGAACAACAGCCGGGACGCCUGCGGCAUGGACACCCUGCCCCUCAACGGCAACUUCAACAACAGCUACUCCCUCCGCAGUGCUGACUUCCCGGCCGAGGGCGCCAAGAUGGCCGACUGCCGGCGCAACCUCAGCGACGCCGCCGCCUUCGAGAAGAUGAUCAUCUCGGAGCUGGUGCACAACAACCUGCGCGGGGGCGCCGGCGGCACGGCCAAGGGGGCACCCCCUCCGGGGGGGGCCGGCCCGGCCGAGCCCAGCAACCCCUCCGGCCCGCCCGCCCCCCCCAGCGGCGGCGGUCCUGGCGAGGAGGAGGCGGCGGCGCCCGAGGGCCCGGCCCUGAGCCACGAGGAGAACCUGGAGAUCGAACUCAUGUACAAGGCCCUGGAGGAGCCGCUGCUUCUGCAACGGGCUCAGUCGAUCCUUUACCAGAGCGACCUGGAGGAGUCCGAGAGCUGCACGGCUGACCUGACCGAGGGCGGAGACGGCCAGGCCCCCUCCCCCAACAGGGACUCCUUGUACACCAGUAUGACCAACCUGAGAGACUCCCCUUACCCGGACAGCAGCCCCGAGGCGGUGGGGGAAAUCCUCCCCCACACCCAAGCCAUCAACGAAAUCUACUACACCAACCGGCCCGCCCUGGUGCCCCGCAGCCAGCUCCAAGCCUACUACCAGGUCCGGAGACCGAGCACUGACGGCUACUUGGUUCAAGCCGGCUUAGAGGGCCCAGUGCCGGAGGGAGACGGUCAAAUGCAGCUGGUCACCAGUCUCUGAAAGCAAGGAGCGGACUGAGGAGCCGUCCCGAGCCGCCGACUCUCCCCCCGCCUCAUCCCACCUUUGCCAAAAGGAGCCCCUCCCCCCGGGCCGUGGCCUGGCGUUUUUAAUUUUUGCCCUGGGAUGCUGAGAGAGAGACGGGUGGGCGCUGCAGAAGGACACAGGCCAGGGGAAGGAGGAGAGGUGGCGUGAAUCUCCUCUGGGAAGGGGGGGGCCGUCUUGUCUAGCGUCCUCCUGCCCACCUGGCGAAGAGGGGAGGGUGGAAAUCGGGGGUUGCUGCUUUUGUUUUUGAAGGAAAGGAAGGAGGAGGGGUGGGAAGGAAGGAGUGAAAAAGGCACCGGGCCGGACGACAGGAUCUCACUUUUUCGUUUUUUAAGGUCGUCCCUCUUCCGUUUCUUUACGUUGGUUUUGUGGGGAGAGAAGAUCAAAAAGAAGUGGAGCAGGGAAACCGAUUUUCUUUUUAAGGCGUGUUAAGAAACGGAUCAGAACCAUGGGGGAGGGGCCGGCUGGGCCUGUAUCAGAGCCCGAGAACAACCCCCCACACGUACACCGGCACCCAUGUAUAGGCCAUCCCUGCUCCCCCACGUAUGCACCUUGGCGAUGUCAAACAGGGAUCCGAUUGGUCCGGAGAGAGAGAGGCGGAUGGAGCAUCCUCCUAUGGCCUCCACUGUCUUCUAUACGAACUUUGCCAAAAACCAUAAUCUGUAUAGAUAUAUAGAGAGCUAUAAAGAGAGAGCUAUAUCGAGAGAGAGAGGUGGGGGUGGGGAUUGGUUGGGGUCUGGAUAGAAAUUAUGUUGAAUCCGGUGCUGACCUUCCAGUAUUUGUCAGCUGAGGGAAACUGAGGCACGGUGGGGAAGGGACUCUUAAAGUCACUCAUUGACAGGGUUUUGAGUUCGGUUCUUUUUUAUGCCAAGCCAUCAGCAAAGUCUGCAGGAGACCGGGAGAGAGGUGCAGUUUUUUUCUUUCAAAAGCAUCCUGGGCACCAGGAAGGGCUGAUGCACAACAUUGUUUCCAGCGGAGGAGGAGAUGGCGCUGAGGUGGCCAUCUUUGAUUUGGAUUUUUGUUUUCCUUUGCUGUGUGGCGCGCACACACACACACACGCCCUUCCCAGCUCACAAAUCAAACACACAUCACCGUCCUGCUCUGGGAGCUGGCAGAGGAGACCGUGAGCCGAGGGGUUCUUCCUGGGCCGUCAGUGUAGUUGUUCAAUCCACAUUCCCCACUCUCGCCUGCCGCUGCCCCACUUCGGUCAAGAUGCUCACGCCGUUUUCCUAUGGCUCAAUGGGAAGCUCGGAAACUCCUGCAGCUCUUGCCCCUUCUGCGUUUUCCAACUCUGCUUUUAUUUCCUCCUCUGAAGACAUGCAGAAGUCAGGUGCCUCGUGGGAGCUGCUGUCUGAACUCGGUUGGGUCAAGAUGAGGGUGGGGAGGAUUUUUUUGGGGGGGCAAUUUGACAAUUGAACCAUUUUCCCCUCCAAAUCAGUCGGAUCAUCUCUGAGCAAAAGAACAACAGAAACCCAAACGGCACUUUUUUUUUCUUUCUUUCAAAGGACAAAACAACAAAAAACAAAAAAUUUCUCCCUUUUCAAGCACAACUCUGAAUUCUCUCGCCCUCUUCUUCCCGAGAGAGACCAUGGGAGCCAAUAUCACAUGAAUACGUCAUUUCGCCGGGGAGGGGGGGAGCUUAGGGUGGGGUGGAGGGUUAAUUCGGGGGAGGCGGGCGGGGAUACAGAUUGAAAUGCUGUAAAUAUGAAAUUUCAAACAAACAACAAAAAGGGGAAUUGAGGAAUCCCUUGAAAAAUGAAACAGGGAUUUAAAAAAAAAUACAACCAAUCAACCACAGUCCCAGGGAACAGUUUGUGUCCUGGAAUUAAAAUAUAUAUCUAUAGAUAUAUAGAUAUAUACUGACCUCUGCUCCAGCCCCAUUGACUGUUGGGGGGGGGCAGGUGAAGGGAACAAGGAGACCCCCUCCCCUUUUGACGAAGACAGGGGAAGGGAUCGCAAAAACUAAGAGCAGAUUUUUACAAUCAAAA